GAAACCAAAACUCUUGGAGAACCCCAUGAUUUAAUUUUCAUAUUAGAAAGGCAUAAGUGGCAGGUGAAGAAAGUAAGGAUUUCUAGUCAUGGAUUUGAACAACAUUACGUCAACGGUUUGGUCAUAUAUCACGUGGCCCCUCAGCUUUAUUAGUCAACCAAUCAAACAGCCUAUUUUAGGUGGAGUUUUUGGAUGGGCCAUUGUUUGGAUUAUCUUUCACAUUGGAUACACAGUCCUCGUGUACCUUGCAGUGCUGUUAAUUCUCUCUCUGGGCGCUGAAAAAUUUGGUAUUGUCACAAUCACCAUUCACUGGAAACGAAUUUCCGAAUUAAUGAGGAGUACGGGGGUGAAGGAUUCAACCGAUGGAAAUUUUCCACGAAAGAUCCAGGACUUCGCGUCCGACAAUUGGAUGUUUUCUGUUGGAUUGAUUUUUGGGGUCGUAAUAGGGAUGAAGAUAUGAUGACUGAAGUAAAAACAUCAGAACACAAUACUAGUUUGCAUUUUUUUCCUCUUUGUAAUCUAUCAGCAGAGUGGAGAGUGUAACGAAAGGCCGGGCUUUUGCUACUCGAUCUCCAUGCAUAAGUUAAUUUAGGAUAAAACUUUUUUCCAUGCGCGACUAUUUUCGCAUUUAGACAGUUGAAUCCACGCAUCGAUGGUUAGUUGCCAAUCAAGCAGAGUUUGAACUUCAACUUCGUUUAUGUACAUGUAACAUUAGAAUUAGAAGAUUAAAGAGAUCUAAAA